AUGUAUAUCUCGUUGAAAAUCCGCAACACGCCUGCCAAUAGCGAUAUCACUGCAGCAUCUGUUUCAGGAGUAAUUUUCGAGACAGCUCGACGACCUUCGCUACCGAACGAAGAUCCUGUCGAAAACACUCGUCCUCCAAUUUUGGAACAUCGCGCUCGAAUUGAUGAUGGCGUUCUUGUUUAUGAGUAUGACAUUGGUCACGGCAAAGAAACCAUUGUUUCGCCAAACAAUGUUGUGCCGAAUAAAUGGAACACCAUCGUACUCAAGAACAGUGAAACUAAAGCCAUGCUACAAUUGAAUUCCGGUCCUCCAGUAGAGAAGAUACAUGAUUCUCUCGUAUGGGAGGAAGGAAACAACGGACCGGUGAUUUUAGGUGCUCAUGUAGAUCCAUCAGCUUACGAAAGGACACAAGAUGGCUUUGAAGGUGUCAUCAGCUCGCUAGCAGUGUCGGGAGAAGAGGUAUCUCUCGGAGAAGCGGAACGUCCUGUGCAUAUGCUAUCCUUUGACUCCUGUGUUCAUCAUCGAUGCCUGCACUCUUCUCGUUGCCGAAAUGCUAACACUCCGAAGGGGUACGAAUGCGUUUGUCCAAAAGAUUAUGCAGGUGAAUACUGUCAAACGAGAUCUUCGUUCUGCAAAGGAGAGGACUGCAACUCUGGGGUUUGUGUUGAGGUAGGAGAUACAUGGCAAUGUAUCUGCCCUUUGAACGCAACAGGAAUUAGGUGCGAAACGCGAAAGGAGGAAGCGAUCACUUCGCUCGGCUUCCAGCAGGACACUUCCUUUGUCACAAUGCCUAGGCCGAAAAAUUUGGAAAAUCUUGAGAUUUCCUUGACUGUGAAGCCCGGAGAUGUACAAGAUGAACAUAUUCUCCUUUACGUAGCAGAAGAUUACGAUCCUGAGUCUAACAAGCAUCUUAGUGUCUCCAUAGUCGAUGGAGCAAUAGUGUACUCUUACAGUGAUGGCACAGGCAAAGAAGAAAUGAAGAGUUCCCGUAUUGAACCUGGCGGUGAAUAUGUCGUUGUUCUCAACCGCAGCCCAUCAGGAACAUCUCUGCUUGUGAAUGGGGAGAAGUUCGCUAUUGAGAGCAAAUUGCGGUCAUUUGAGCCAGGUACCGAUCUUUUUGUAGGUGGGUUACCACCAGGAUUAGACGUUCCUACUGACAUUCCAGCAACUUCGUUCCGUGGAUGCAUUAGUGAUAUCAAAAUCGAUGGAGAAACACUGGAUUUCAACGAACCCUCAACAUUUACUUCUGGAGACAUUUCAGAAUGUUCGUUCCCUUCCACGGAAGAGACAUACAUAGAAGAAAUCUCUACGGAACCUUCUCCCACUGAGGAAGUCACGACGACGGAAGACUUUCUGUACAUAUAUGAUACCAAGAAAGAUAGUGGUGCACCUGAACCAGUCCCUAUGGUGUCGGAAGUAAGCGGUGAAACUUCAGGGGAUGGACUCCCUGUUUCUGCUGAGCCAGGACUGACUCAUGACAUCCUUGUAUCCCGCACGUCGGUCCGGCCAAAAGCCUGCAAUCAAGUGACUGGGAGGUGCAAGGGAGGCGAAACUCAUGGGACUAAUAGAAAAGAGUCUCCUGAUUCCGGAGGAAAGCCUGGUACGGUAGCGCCAGGUAGGACGGGGUUGCAGGAGUCAUGUAGGCUACCAAAACGGAAAAGGACUAGGAUGGCGAUCUGUACUUACAACGCACGUACGCUUGCAUCGGAAGCGGCCAUCGAAGAUCUGAUGAUGCAAGCCAAGAAGAUCAAGUACGACGUCAUCGGACUGACCGAGACGAGACGACGUCACCCUCUCAACGCCGUAUAUGAAACUGGAGAAGAACUGUUCUUAGGAACAUGCGACAGUAGAGGUGUUGGUGGAGUUGGCGUCCUCGUCAACACGAGUAUGGCAAAGAACAUCGACUCUUUUGAACAACUUACGACCCGAAUCGGACGUCUGCGGAUGAGAAGAUGUGGCCCAAUACCAGCUUUGACUAUCUUCGUCGCUUACGCUCCAACAUCAUGCUACGAAGAAGAAGAAGUCGAAGCUUUCUAUAUGGACCCGGAGAAGUUCUACCAAGAAGAUCAUUCCUUCUACAAGGUCAUAGUUGGCGAUUUCAACGCUAAGGUUGGCCCAAGAAGAACGCCGGAGGAACUUCACAUCGGGACCCACGGCCUACAAUGGAAUGACCAGGGAGAGAGGCUCGCCGAGUUCAUCAUGACGACUAAGACCAUCCAUGGGAACUCGCAAUUCCAGAAGCCCUCCUCUCUACGUUGGACGUGGGAGUCACCCGGUGGAGGGUACCGUAAUGAAAUAGACCACAUCAUCGUCAAUAAAAGGUUCUGCCUGACGGACAGAGAGAAAUCCCAGGACUACAUCAACUGGGAUCUCUUCGCUACGCUGGCCGGCUUUUGGGAAGAUUCUGCAAUGGACAACAUCGACGAGGAAUAUGACCGGCUUGUCGAACACCUUCACGACUGCGCGAAGAAGGCUGAGAGCUUCAAAACCACCAGGAGGCGCCUGUCUCUUGAAACUCUUGAGCUGAUACGCCAGCGUGGAGCAGCACGAGCCGCAGGGAACCAAGAACUCACGUUCGAGCUCGCAAGGCUUUGCCGAGAGGCGAUAAAGGAAGACCUUAAAGAGAGAAGAGCAGAAGUGCUGGCUGAAGCUGCAGAGGCGGGGAAAAGCAUCCGCUAUGCCCGUCGAGACUUCGCCAGUCGCAAGACGAGGAUGACUGCUCUCCGGAACCCAAAGGGAACAGCCAUUGCAUCGAGAAGGAGGAUGGAGAAAAUCAUCUACGACUUCUACUCUGAUCUCUUCGACAGCCAUGUCCACUUGCCUCCUCACCAUCUGAGGGAAGAUGGACAAGUCAUUCCAGAGGUUCUCCCGUCCGAAAUACGACAUGCUAUCAUGUCGGUAAGAAAUCGUACGGCACCCGGUCCCGACAGAAUAAGACCAGAACACCUGAAGAGCCUUCCGCCAGUACUCAUCAACACCCUGGCGAGGCUCUUUACACGUUAUCUGUCGGAAUGCAAGGUUCCUAAACAGUGGAAGACCAGCAAGACCGUGUUGUUGUAUAAAAAGGAGAUCCACAUGACAUUGGCAACUAUCGCCCAAUCUGCCUACUGUCCGUCAUCUACAAGCUCUUUACAAGACACGAUUGACCACAUUCACACUGUUUCGAAACUCAUCGAGGUAUCACGAGAGUACAAGAUGCCGCUCUGUCUCACCUUCAUCGACUUAAAGAAGGCUUUCGACUCGGUUGAGACGGAAGCGGUCGUGGAAGCCUUGGACAACCAAGGCGUCCCUACUCAGUAUAUUAAGGUACUUCGAGAGUUGUACAGUAACUUCACGACCGGAAUUUCGCCAUUCUACAAGAACCUCAUCAUUGACGUGAAGAGGGGGGUCCGACAGGGUGAUACAAUUUCACCCAAAAUAUUCACAGCCACCCUCGAGAACGCAAUGCGAAAGUUGGAAUGGGACGACAUGGGAGUGAAGGUUGAUGGUCGGCAGCUACACCAUUUGCGCUUUGCUGAUGACAUCGUACUGGUAACACCUAGCAUCAGCCAAGCGGAACGAAUGCUGACCGAAUUCGACGAAACAUGUGGAUGCAUCGGUCUUCAGCUGAAUCUACAAAAGACGAUGUUCAUGCGGAACGGAUGGGUCUCGGAUGCCCCAUUCACGCUCAACGGAACGAACAUAUCCGAAUGCACCAGCUACGUUUAUCUGGGUCGGGAACUGAACAUGAUGAACGACCUGACCCCCGUGCUGGGCAGAAGGAGAAGAGCAGCUUGGGGAGCGUACAAGAGCAUCGAGGAUAUAGUGAAGAAGACCAGGAACACCCGGAUCCGUGGUCACCUCUUCAACAUUACCGUACUUCCUGCUUUGACCUAUGCUUCGGAAACCUGGGCAUUUCGCAAGCAGGAAGAAAACGCGAUGAGCGUCAUUGAACGCGCAAUUGAGAGAGUGAUGCUAGGAGUAUCCCGUUUCACGCAAGUGAGGGACGGGAUUCGAAGUUCCCUCCUACGUCAGCGAUCGAAGAUUAGAGACGCCGCCGCGUUUGCCAAGGAAAGUAAUAUAAGGUGGGCCGGACACGUGAUGCGCUUUGAUGAUAACCGUUGGACCAGAGCCGUGAGCGACUGGGUUCCCCGCGAUAUUAAGCGCACUACAGGAAGACCGUCGACCCGAUGGUCAGAUUUCUUCACGAAGUCCUUGAAAGAAAAAUAUGAUGCUCUUCGUGCCCCACACGAAAGGAACCACCGGGCUACUCUGGCACGCGAUCGGGACAAAUGGAAGAAUUACUGGCGCCCGCUCGACCAGUUCGAAGAUCAACGGGAGUCAAGCAGCCGUUUGGAUAUUACUAAACUGAGGCAAACAUGCAAAGAGAUAGACAUGCGGAGCCAUAGAGGUGAAAUGCAACGCGGGCACUGGCCACCGUUACGAAGCGAUAAAGAGCAGCCGACAAUAAUAACACCUACAAUAAGCAGCGCUGAAGUGGACAUAAUACGAACUUCUGCCGUAGUAGAGCUGUCUACAGAUGAUCCAUGUUCUGUUGUAGGGGAGGAUACAGAAGGUGAAUGUGCUAUGAAAAUUUGUACGAACCAUAUGUGUGGGCCAAAUGGUGAAUGUGUUCCGUUCAACAACACCCAUUACGACUGCCAGUGCAAACUCUACUAUGACGGACCUCGAUGCGAACUAUUUAAACCGAUUGAACGUGCAGCAAAAUUUGAUGGGGAUGCCUUCAUCGAGAUAUCAGCAGACGAAUUUCCUCAUCUCACUUCCGAAAAAGAAGAAGUCGUAGAAUUCAAAUUCAAAACCAAUGAAAGCGAUGCUAUUCUUUUCUGGCAAGGGCAACAGCGUGGAACUUCAGUCGUAGGCGAAGAUUACUUCUCGGUAGGAAUAGCAAAUGGACAUCUUCAUUUCUCUUACGAGCUAGGGGGUGGAGCAGCCCUCAUAAGAAGUGAACAGAGAGUUGACGAUGACAAAGAACACCAUGUUCGCUUGAGAAGAAAAGGUCGACGUGGAACUCUUAAACUGGAUCACCACCCAGAGCAGCGCGGUUUAAGCAGUGGAAUUCUCGCUAUGCUUAAUGCAGAUGGCAACAUAUUUAUUGGAGGCGUACCCGAUAUCUACAGAGCUACAGGUGGAUUGUACUCAAAGAACUUGAUUGGGUGUGUUUCUGAUGUUUCUCUUAACGGCGAACUGCUUGAUUUAAUGGGCACCGCUAUCGACGGUAAAAAUGUUAAACCAUGUGACGAGUGGACUCCAACAAGAAAAUUGUUGAAAAUCAGAAGGAGACUUCGAAGCUGGAUGAUGUCAUGA